CCGAGUCAGCAUCGUCACAAGGUUGAAGGUUGAAGGCUGAGAAGAUCGCGAAGACCGAGCGCGCUCGGUCUCCGUGCUGUUCGUCCGGCCCCCCCCACAUCUAUAUAACAACCCCGCUCAGCCGUACUAUCACCAUCCCCCAUCAUCAACACAAUCCUCAUUAUCAACCUCUCAAGCAAGAACAAACCCUCCCAAAAACCCACCCCAAAAUGUCUCUCGCCAACCGCAUCAUCCUCAUAACCGGCGCCUCCAACGGCAUCGGGAAAUCCGUUGCCCAACAGCUUGCCGCCGCCGGCGCAACCAUCAUCAUCAACUACCUGCGAGACGCGGCCUCGGCCAACGCGCUGGUCAACGAGAUCGGGUCCUCGCGCGCCCUCGCCGUGCAAGCGGACGUCUCCAAGCCCACCGAAAUCCAACGGCUAGUCGACACAGCCGUAUCGACGUUCGGUCGGAUCGACGUCGUCAUCCCCAACGCGGGCGUGCUGCCCAUGAGAGACCUCGCCAGCACCACCGAGGCCGACUUUGACGCGACGUUCGCCAUGAAUGUCAAGGGGCCGUACUUUCUGGCCCAGGAGGUGGUGAAGCAUAUGCCGGCCGGGGGACGGGUCGUGUUUAUCUCGUCGUCGGUGACCUCGUUUUCGGCAGUGGCGCCGGCGUAUCUGCUCUAUGCAGCGACCAAGGGCGCGAUCGAGCAGAUGACGAGGGUCAUGGCCAAGGAUCUGGCGAAGAAGGGCAUCACGGUCAAUGCGGUGGCGCCGGGGCCGACGCAGACGGAGCUGUUCCUGAGGGGGAAGUCGGAGGACCUGCUGAAGGGGAUUGCGGCCGCGAGUCCGUUUGGGAGGAUUGGGCAGCCCGAGGAGAUCGCGGGGGUGAUUGCGUUCUUGUCUGGAGAGGGGAGUUCGUGGAUGACGGGGCAGGUCGUGCGCGCGAAUGGGGGGAUGGCGUUGUAGAGGAGGUGAAGACGAGGAGGUGGGGAGCCAUGCAUACACAUUCAUACACUGUCUAUAUAAUCAACCGCAGGCACAAGGGA